UUACAUUUUUUCGGGAAUUUGCGUCUAAUAAAGAAGGGCUUUGGAAGAUAGGUCUGGAGAAAACUUGCGUAUCAUUCAUUCAAGCAAAAAAGAUCUCAUUGCUUUCACAAAAAAAUCACAUUGCUUUCGCGAAGACGCAGACUGCGUGAUUCUCGACGACGCGCCACAAGACUUCCGGCAUCAUCGCCAAAAUUGCGCCGUCUUCUUGGCAGAGUUUCUGGUGCUCGUGACGCGCGUCAGUGAAGUUCCCAAUGCGAGAGCAGCCUGAUUGCAUUAACUUACCUAUCGUCAGCCAAAUCGUAAACGGCACGUUGCGGGAUCAUCGUUGGAGGAAAAUCUUUGCAAAGAUUGACUGCAAAGAUUUAACUAUAAUACAUUAUCAAUCAUGUCCGGGAUCGGGAAUCGAGAUUUAUCGGAUUUCCGUGCUCGUCGUAUAAGGCAAAUCAGACUCGAUAUUAAAUCCUACAAGAUUUCUUUGCAAGUUGGCACACUUUCCUGGGAAGUUUUUCAGUUUCUUCUUCUGCAAAAAACUCAUCUCAAUUUUCUACAAACGAAGAUGCCGAUCGAGUGCAUCGCCAACCCGUUACAGCGGGAGCUGGCCGACUCGAUAAUACGGUUGCAGCCGCUCGACGAGAUCCGCAUCCUCCUCGCUUGCGGUGCCAAGCCGAACGAGCCGGUCACCCAGGGUCUCAGACCCCUACACUACGCCGUCUGGCAACGCUACACCGAGGCCGCCCAGCUGCUCCUGGUGCGCGGCGCCGACAUCGAUGCCACCGACGAGUGCGGUUACUCGGCCCUGCACCUCGCUGCCGAGCACGGCUACCUGGAUCUGGUGAAACUGCUGCUCAAGUAUGGCGCCAAGGUGGAUCACCGGCAAGACACCGGGGAACUCUUCCCCAGAACCAUGUUGUGUGACGAACCACUACGUCUGGCCCUACGAAACCGUCACGUUGAGGUUGCGAGAAUUCUUCUCGAGGCCGGCGCUAAUCCGAACAAGAGAUACUUCUUCGGCUCCGAGAUUAAUCUAGUGUCACCGCUGGAUUUAGAAUGCAUGGAGUUGCUAUUGGCCUUCGGUGCCUAUCCGAACACGCGGGAUCGCGCUGGGUUAACGCCUCUCAUGAAAGCUGCCAGACUGCCACAGGGUAUAGCUUCGGUGCUUCUACUACUCAGCUACGGGGCGGACGUGAACGCAAUGGCAGACUCCAGGCACGAUUAUCGUACGGUGUUGCAUUAUGCGAUUCUCGGCGGUGACCCGGCGGUUAUCAAUCUGCUGCUAAAGCAGGGCGCCCGGCUGGAUCUCGGAUCAGACUAUCAGAAACCGACGGCCCUGGACUUGGCCAUACUCAAGGGAGACCCGUCAAUCGUCGAGACGCUGCUCCAAGCAGGUGCGAACGUGAACGCCACGUCGCCGAUCAUCGGUUCGCCGCUACACGUGGCAUGCGCGGAUAACAUCCCGAAUCGGCUGGAGAUUUUGAGCAUGCUGUUGGAACGCGGGGCUGAUCCAAACCUGGUGAUCCGCAGCGACGACGGCCCGGCGUUGCGUCCGGUGCUCGCCGAGUACGUCGCCUCGAACGAGAAUCCGUCGGUGGAGGUGGUGGCAUUGCUGCUUAAGUACGGCGCCCGAGUGGUGAUCAAGACGCAGUUUCGCGACCCGCAUGGUAUCCUUAAUUCGUUGCAAAAUACGGCCGACAAGCCGCGGCUGUUGCGCGCGUUGCUGGAGGCGGCCGAGAGCUUCGAUCCUUGCAUGAUACGACGGUCCAGCAGUUUGACAGAUGCCCAGAAAGCCCUGGUAAUGGAGGCGGCCAGGACCCCGUUACCGUUGACUCAUCAGGCGAGACUGAUAGUACGCAAACUUUGCGGCACUAAAUUACCCAAGAUCGUCAGGAAGCUGCAGCUACCGCAGUCGUUGCACCGUUAUCUCCUUUACGACUUUUAUUAGCAAAAGGAUCGAUCGAGAAGAGCGAAGAGAUAUUUAUCAGAGAGUUUUUCUUUAGAUUUCCGGUAAAUUUCAAAGAUUAUUUUUAUAUUCUGAAGUCUGGGACUUAUGUUCAUAAGUCUGGGAUAGUGCUCAGCUGAAAUUUUGAAAUGCAAAAUGACCUGAAGAUAUAUAAGCACACUUUAAUAUUAUAUGAAUUACAGUAAUUUCCAAAA